CUCUACGCACUGUGACGUAUGGGCGCCCAUGCGCCUCUAGAGCAGACUGUGGAGCGGACACUGGUUGGUGCGACUCCCCAGGGAGAAGUUCUAGUGUCCGGCAACCAGAGAGUACAAAGCGGACAGAGCAAAGUUGUGACUGGAAAAGUGGCAGGUCUGAGCAGAUGGAAGACAAAAUCGAUGGAGCCGAAAAGGGAAGAGAAGGAGAAACUGAGGCGGCAGGAGCUGAAUGUCCAGCCGUUUGGUUUACCUGGGAUAGUGAUUUUCUGACGCUGUCUCCAUGUUAUCAGAUGAGCUUCAAUCUAAACCAGAGCUACUGGUAGAGUUUGUCCAGAACGCCUCCAUCCCGCUAGGUGAUGGACUCGUUGGGGUGGAAGCAAAGGAUCUGACUUGUCUCUCACUACUGCCUGAGACAUCCGAAUGUGACUCCUUACUGCUACCAGGUGCUCCUACAGAGGAUGGAGUGUCACCUAAGGCUCCGGACACAGAGUUGCUGAGCAGCCUCCAGCUAGAUCCCAGCACAGACCCCGGAGACCAUAAGAGUGAUGCUGCCCUACUGUCUCCCUCUGAGCCAUCAUCACUGCUGCAAGACCUGCCCAGCAACGACAGCUCCUCAUUCAUCCUCCUCAACUUGGCCAGAUCUGGCCUAAGUUCACCAUCCGAGCACAUGGUCUUUGUUCAUGAUGAAGCUGAGGAUUCUGGGAAUGACUUUUUGCCCAAUGAUUGCACAGACAGCAGUAUGCCAUGGUUUCUGCGGGUUCAGGAGUUGGCUCAUGACAGUCUGAUUGCUGCCACCCGGGCUCAGCUGGCAAAACAUGCCAAGUCCAUCAGCAAUGCUGAUGGAACACUAAACAGCUCCUGUGAGGUCAGAGCCGCCCACCCAGAGAAACGUCUGCGCUGCUCCGUCCAUGGCUGUGAGCGAUCCUUUCUGCGUCCAACACACCUGAGAUAUCACCUGAAGACUCACAUAAAUGAGCGCUCCUUCACGUGUCCUGCGGAGGGUUGUGGAAAAAGCUUUUAUGUUCUCCAAAGAUUGAAUGUUCACAUGCGCACUCACAAUGGAGAGCGUCCAUUCCUGUGUCCUGAGUCUGGCUGUGAAAAGCAGUUUACUACAGCUGGGAACCUGAAGAACCACCUGCGUAUCCAUACUGGAGAGAAACCCUUUCUGUGUGAGGAGGAGGGAUGCGGCCGCAGCUUUGCUGAAUAUUCAAGUCUUAGAAAACAUCUGGUAGUUCAUUCAGGUGUGAAGUCACAUCAGUGUCCAGUGUGUGGAAAGACCUUUUCUCAAAGCGGGAGCAGAAAUGCCCAUGUUAGAAAGCAUCACCCUGUAGAAAGGGCAGGUGCUCCUACAGAGGAUGGAGUGUCACCUAAGGCUCCGGACACAGAGUUGCUGAGCAGCCUCCAGCUAGAUCCCAGCACAGACCCCGGAGACCAUAAGAGUGAUGCUGCCCUACUGUCUCCCUCUGAGCCAUCAUCACUGCUGCAAGACCUGCCCAGCAACGACAGCUCCUCAUUCAUCCUCCUCAACCUGGCCAGAUCCGGCCUAAGUUCACCAUCCGAGCACAUGGUCUUUGUUCAUGAUGAAGCUGAGGAUUCUGGGAAUGACUUUUUGCCCAAUGAUUGCACAGACAGCAGUAUGCCAUGGUUUCUGCGGGUUCAGGAGUUGGCUCAUGACAGUCUGAUUGCUGCCACCCGGGCUCAGCUGGCAAAACAUGCCAAGUCCAUCAGCAAUGCUGAUGGAACACUAAACAGCUCCUGUGAGGUCAGAGCCGCCCACCCAGAGAAACGUCUGCGCUGCUCCGUCCAUGGCUGUGAGCGAUCCUUUCUGCGUCCAACACACCUGAGAUAUCACCUGAAGACUCACAUAAAUGAGCGCUCCUUCACGUGUCCUGCGGAGGGUUGUGGAAAAAGCUUUUAUGUUCUCCAAAGAUUGAAUGUUCACAUGCGCACUCACAAUGGAGAGCGUCCAUUCCUGUGUCCUGAGUCUGGCUGUGAAAAGCAGUUUACUACAGCUGGGAACCUGAAGAACCACCUGCGUAUCCAUACUGGAGAGAAACCCUUUCUGUGUGAGGAGGAGGGAUGCGGCCGCAGCUUUGCUGAAUAUUCAAGUCUUAGAAAACAUCUGGUAGUUCAUUCAGGUGUGAAGUCACAUCAGUGUCCAGUGUGUGGAAAGACCUUUUCUCAAAGCGGGAGCAGAAAUGCCCAUGUUAGAAAGCAUCACCCAGUAAAAAAGGCAGAGCACAGUCCAGCAGUGGAAUCUGUGAGUAAGGCGAGCCUGUCACGAAGUCACCGGCUGUCAGAGGCCACUGGGAGACACUGCUAUGAAGAAGAAGUCUCCAUCUUACUAAAUUAAAGGCACUUUUGAAAACCCU